ACUUGCGCGCAUGCGCUGUCAACCUCAACGCGAGGAGUAGGGAGCGGGCCACGGUGUGAACCGCAAUAAUAAAACAAGAUGGCUGGAUUGCCCCGCAGAAUUAUUAAGGAGACGCAGCGCUUGAUGGCAGAGCCCGUGCCUGGGAUCAAAGCAGAGCCGGAUGAGGGGAACGCUCGCUAUUUCCACGUGGUCAUCGCCGGCCCGCAGGAUUCACCCUUCGAGGGUGGGACGUUCAAACUGGAGCUGUUCCUCCCGGAGGAAUAUCCCAUGGCUGCCCCGAAGGUCCGAUUCAUGACCAAAAUCUACCACCCCAAUGUGGACAAACUGGGGAGGAUCUGUCUGGACAUCCUGAAAGAUAAGUGGUCUCCAGCUCUCCAGAUCCGUACAGUGCUUCUCUCUAUUCAAGCUCUCCUCAGCGCCCCGAACCCGGAUGACCCGCUGGCCAAUGAUGUAGCUGAACAGUGGAAGAGCAACGAGGCUCAAGCCAUUGAAACCGCCCGAACAUGGACCAGGCUUUAUGCCGGCAACAACAUUGAAGUUUAGAAGAAGAAAAAGGGUGGCAUCAAGUGAGAGAAGUGGAACAAUCUCCUCCUGUCUUCUUUUGCAUUUAAAGAACACUUUCUCAGACAAAUUAAAACAGCAAACGAAAAAAAAUCCGAUUGAAAAGCGUCUACUGCAGCCGUUUGGGUGGUUCAGCUCAGAGCUAAUGUUCGCUCCACUAUAUGAUCUCUCUGCUUCUGGGUUCGGCCAGGAAGUGAUGCGUGGUCACUACACUGGACCCUGUCAGAAUGGGUAGUACCGUGUCUAAUACAGUGGAUUUCACUGGAUCCAGGCCCUACACCCAGGUGGAUGGUUCAUUUUUGUUAGUUAGUUUUAUGUUAUGGGGCGUAGAGGGGCUGGUAACGUGGGUUGCAAUUAUGCUGCUUCUCGGUCAGGGACAAAAUGAUGUGAAUUUUUUUUUUUUUACCUUUUCCUUCCUGUGAAACUCUUGAGUUCAUUAAAAGCAUGUGGUGAACCCGUCUAAAUCAUGGCCUAUCUGACAGAACCUGCUCUGACGCUGUUGUGUUCCAAACAAACAAAACGUGUGUGUGCGUGCGUGUAAAGCUUUGUGUUUAGGCUGGUGUGGAAUAUGUAUGGCUUGUCUGGGAAAAUUAAAUCUGUAAAUGUUCAGUUUUAGUAAAAAUAUUUUUUGUUAUGUUA